AUGACACAUCCUGUGCUACUAUUCUACCUGUUUCUACUGCUCCGGGCCGGUGCCGGUGCCGCGGCCAAAUUGACAGCGAACGCCGAGCAACGGUUUGCGAUGGAGCCGCAGGACCAGACGGCCAUAGUCGGCUCCCGGGUGACGCUGCCCUGCCGAGUGGUCAACAAGUCCGGCCAGCUGCAGUGGACGAAGGACGACUUCGGGCUCGGCACCCAGCGUAACCUCAGUGGCUUCGAACGGUACACGAUGGUCGGGAGCGACGAAGAGGGCGAUUUCUCGCUCGAAAUCUCGCCCGUCAUGCUCGACGACGAUGCCAAAUACCAGUGUCAAGUAGGGCCCGGCAAAGGUGGUACUCCGGGGAUUCGGUCGAGAUUUGCCAAACUGUCGGUGCUGGUGCCGCCGGAGGCGCCGAAGAUAGUGCAGGGCGGCUUCCUGAUGACGACCGAGGGUCGGGAGAUCGAGCUGGAGUGCGUGUCGGCGGGUGGAAAACCAGCUGCCGAGAUUACCUGGAUCGACGGGCACGGCAACGUGCUGGUGGGCGGGAUCGAGUACGUUCGGGAGCCGCUGCGUGAUGCGCGCCGCUUCACCGCCAAGUCGAUCCUGAAGCUGACGCCGAAGAAGGAGCACCACAACACGACGUUCACCUGCCAGGCGCAGAACACGGCCGACCGGACGUACCGCUCGGUGCGGCUCCAGCUCGAGGUGAAGUACGCACCGAAGGUGCGCAUCGCCGUGAUCGGCGGUGCCCUGAACGGCGGCCGGCUCACCGAGGGUACCGAGGUGCGCCUCUCGUGCCAAGCGGAUGCCAAUCCGCCCGACCUCAGCUUCCGCUGGUUCGUCGACGACGAGCUGGCGGAAAGCGGCAACGCGUCCGACCUGAUCAUUGCCAACGUGUCACGGCGGUACCACGGGACGGUCGUGCGGUGUGAGGUGCGCAACGCCGUCGGUAAGAGCGAGGAAAGCUCGACGCUCGACAUCAGCUACGGGCCGCGGUUCCGCGAGCUGCCCCGGUCGGUCGAAGCGGACCUGGACACGCCCGUGACGCUCCAGUGUGACGUCGAUGGCAACCCGGCGCCGGACGUGGUGUGGGUGCACGAGCCGACCGAGCAGAUCGUGGCCAGCUGGCCCAACGUGACCCUGGCGGUGACGUCCGCCACGUCCGGGCGCUACCUCUGCAAGGCGAGCGUCCCGGGCUUCGCGGUGGUCGAGGCCGAGGCUACCGUCUUCCUGCGCGGCCCGCCCCUCAUCAGCUCACCCCGCCAGCAGCACUGCACCGUCGGGGAGCGGGCGCAGCUCGUGUGCACCGCGUUCGCCAUCCCACCGCCGCGGCACGUCCUGUGGUCGUUCAAUGGGCACGAGAUCAGUGGCGGCAUCACCGGAACCGACGAGCCACCGGAAGACUACGCCGUGGUGGAGCACCCGCUGGCCGACGGGGUCCGCUCGGUGCUCAGCAUCGGCCGGUGCCGCCGGGAGCACUUCGGUACCUACAACUGCACCAUCGUCAACGAUUACGGCAUCGACAUCGCCGAAAUCGACUUCCUCUCCAAGGACAAAAAUCUCUUACCGGUUAUCGCGCUGGUCUUGCUUGGCGUGAUCACCUUUCUAAUCCUGGUCAUUGCAAUUGGCAUAUGCUUAUGUAGUCGCCGAAUCAAAAAGAAGCACCUUCCACCCGCCGACGUCAUACCGAAGCACGACGUGCAGGGCAAGGACGGCAGCGAGCACUGCAGCGUGACGGAUACGACCAUCAGGGGUGAGUUGCCGGAGGUGCAACGGGAGGUGCCGAUCAUCGGCACCAGCCUGACGCUGAACAUCCGGUCACCGGAUACGGGCUCGGCCACGGCAGCCCUCAGUUCGUCACUGACGACGCUCAAGGCCCACUGCGGGGACAGUACCUCAGCCGCCGCCGCCGCCGAGUACAGUUGCAGCAGGUACUCCGGCGACUACUCGGACUCGCUCAGCAUCCUGCAGUGCAAGAAGGGCGGCCAGCAGGACAACAACAGCAACGGGUACGUGCCGUACGUGAACUACUCGCACGACUAUAGCCCGCCGGCCUCGCAUCUGCUGCAGCACCUGAAGGCAGCGGGCAGUGGGCCCGCGGCCAGCGGCAAGGCGAACGGUCAGCUUGGUCCCGCCAACAUGAUGGCAACACUGCAGCGCAAGCGAAUCACCAACACCGACGCCCGGCUGGACGUGGCGACCCUGCCGAACAUCCAGAGCAGUAUGGCGUCUCUUCCGAACGCACUAAUGAACAACCCGAUCGCCGGCUGCCACAUCGGAUUGGACACACGGUUUCUCAGCGAUUUCAGUCCGCACGAGCGGGGCGGUACGAGCGGCAUAAUACUGCCACCACCCGCCACAGCCAACCCGGCCGCCACUCCGGCCCCACCACCGUACAGCGCCAUCCGCCAGCAGAGUUGCUUGCUGGGCCUUCAGGGAUUGCCGGUUGGCUGUGCCGGUCGGGAACCGGGGAUCCGGGGACCAGGCAGCAACACCGGGACCACCACCACCACCAACUCCCAGGCGGUCCUACUAACGAACACCACCACCGCCGCUGCCAACACAACCACCACCAGCUCUAGCAGUCCCGGUUCGACCCAGUCCGGAUCGGUGUCGUUGGCCAGUUCACAGGCCUCCCAGCCAGCGCCAGCGGCGGUGUCAGGAUCGGGCCAGUUCAUACUGCCCUCGAGUGGUAGCGCCGUAAAGCACGGCGUACUGGCGACGCACGUGUAA